AGAGCGGCGACCCUCACUAUCCCUCGUUCUCCAGGCAAACUCCCGAGGCCGGGAAAGCGGGGCCGCGACCCGCGGGCUCUCCAGAGCGCGACGCGGCGAGACGCCGCCUCCCGCCCUGCUAACCCCUUGGCCCUCAGAGGCGCGCCGCGGGCUUCACCUAUCCCCCGGCCCCUGACCCUUCUCGCGGCCCGGCCCGCCCGCUCCCCGCAGUCUCCUGCGCCCCGCUCCCGCGGGGCCCGGCCCGCGCGCCCUGCUCUGAGGUCGGCUCUCUCUAGCUCCGCGGACGUCCGGCGGACUCCGUGGCCCGACCCCCGCUGCCCGUUGGGCCCGAGGCCCCUCCCCGCCUGGUCGCCGUGUGGAGGUAUUCGAGCGGCCGCCGCGGCUCCCGCUUGGUGUGUGCCUUGCCUAGUUUCACUUGAUACUCUUCAGGAAUUAUGUAGAAAAGAAAAACUCACAUGUAAAUCGAUUGGAAUCACCAAAAGGAAUCUAAACAAUUAUGAGGUGGAAUACUUGUGUGACUACAAGGUAGUAAAGGAUAUGGAAUAUUACCUUGUAAAAUGGAAAGGAUGGCCAGAUUCUACAAAUACUUGGGAACCUUUGCAAAAUCUCAAGUGCCCAUUACUCCUCCAGCAGUUUUCUAAUGACAAGCAUAAUUAUUUAUCUCAGGUAAAGAAAGGCAAAGCAAUAAAAGACAAUAACAAAGCUUUGAAACCUGCAAUUGCCGAAUACAUUGUAAAGAAGGCUAAACAGAGGCUAGCUCUGCAGAGAUGGCAAGACGAACUCAACAGAAGGAAGAAUCAUAAAGGAAUGAUAUUUGUGGAAAAUACUGUUGACUUAGAGGGCCCACCUUCAGACUUCUACUACAUUAAUGAAUACAAACCAGCUCCCGGAAUCAGCUUAGUCAAUGAAGCUACCUUUGGUUGUUCGUGUACAGAUUGCUUCUUUGAGAAAUGUUGUCCUGCUGAAGCUGGAGUUCUUUUGGCUUAUAAUAAAAACCAACAAAUUAAAAUCCCACCUGGUACCCCCAUUUAUGAAUGCAACUCGAGGUGUCAGUGUGGACCCGAUUGUCCCAAUAGGAUUGUACAAAAAGGCACCCAGUAUUCACUUUGCAUCUUUCGAACUAGCAAUGGCUGUGGCUGGGGUGUAAAAACCCUUGUGAAGAUUAAAAGAAUGAGUUUUGUCAUGGAAUAUGUUGGGGAGGUAAUCACCAGUGAGGAAGCCGAAAGGCGCGGGCAGUUAUACGACAACAAAGGAAUCACCUAUCUCUUUGAUCUGGAUUAUGAAUCUGAUGAAUUCACAGUGGAUGCAGCCCGAUAUGGAAAUGUCUCUCAUUUUGUGAAUCACAGUUGUGACCCAAAUCUUCAGGUGUUUAAUGUUUUCAUUGAUAAUCUCGACACUCGUCUUCCCCGAAUAGCCUUGUUUUCUACAAGAACCAUAAAUGCUGGAGAAGAGCUCACUUUUGAUUAUCAGAUGAAAGGUUCUGGAGAUGUAUCUUCAGAUUCUGUUGACCACAGCCCAGCCAAAAAGAGGGUCAGAACUGUGUGCAAGUGUGGAGCUGUGACUUGCAGAGGUUACCUCAACUGAAUUUUCAGGAAACAGAGCUAAUGAUUGUAGUUUUGUUUUUUUUUUCUAAUGUUAAUGUUUUAAAAAAGUAUUUGGGACCCUUUUCAUAUUAUCAGGAUUAUAUGCUAUGUUAAUAUACAAUUCAUGUUUCAAACUAUUGGCCAAGUGCAUUACUGAUGCUUCUGAAGGGAAGAACACAGGGUCACAGAGACUAAUUUAAAAUACAUAUAUUUAGUGAUUAGAUACCAAACCUGAAAAGAAAACUACUGACAGGUCAGCAUUUACAUACAGAGGAGGUCUGUGUGAAUAGAGAAAUGCCUCCUUCAGUGUUUUAAGUGUUAAACUGAUAACGUAACAGUCACUAAGAUCAACUAUUCAACCUGCCAUACACCUUGAAUUUAGAGAAAGAGUUAAUUCAAUUUGGGCAGAUAUAUAAGUGCUAUUUUUGUUACGUUAUCAUUCCCAUUAUUACUCGUAUUCAAGAAAAAUAGGUGAUACUGAAUUACACUCUAUUUUAUACUUUCAUUAAAAUACUGGGAUCUUAAUGAUAAGAGACAUUUAAGGUCUAAAAUUAAAUGUAAACAAAUUUAAUUACAGCUUGAUUUCAUAUUUUGAAGCAAUCCGGACUGUUACGAGGCAUGUGUGUCUGAACCAGUAUACUUAAGGAUUUUUAAUCUUGUAAAAGAAUAAUCCUCAAAAAGCUCUAAAAUUCUGGAACAGAUGGCAAUUAUUCUUCUUUGAAAGGGUGGGGCAGUGGUACCAGGAGGGUUUCUUGGAAGCGCCAGAGUGGGGAAAUGAAGCACCUUCAGAGCCCCUCUUAAUAACAUGAAUUGAGAGAUCCAUGUUGGAUAUCUGGUCUAAACAGCAACACAAGAUGCUGAGUGCAUCUGUACCUAACAACAGUGUUCCUACAAUACGUGAAUGUCAUAUCUUCUAAAUUUCAGGCGGUUUUAACAUUUCCACCAAAUUUAAUUAUUUUUGUAUUCCCCCGAAGGCUCUUCUUAAAAUAAUCUAUAUUUUGAACUGAUACUUAUUUUUUAUACAUGAAUUUUUUAAAUGUGAUAAAGCUAAACUUGGCUUGACCAAAGUGUGUAUCUGAAUUAUGAGGACAUUUCUUACAUGAACCAUGAAGACUGAAAUGGAAUACAUUUGGUUUUUGUUUCUGUUUUGUUUUUCUGCAUAGUAAAACCUCAGUUGGGAA